AUGGCCCGGAUUCAAGUCCCAAAAAAGGGCAUCUUCACGUGCAACAGCAGCACAGCAGAGGAGGCAGUACAGUACUUGCGGCAAGUGUCACUUGGCUGCCAAAGGUCCAACAUGUCCAACAUGCAUUGGUUUGAAGGCAUGUUGCGGUUGACUACUCUUGGCAAGGAGACGCUGAAUCAAUGUGCAGUGAACGGAAGGUGGUGUGGUAUGGUGUGGUCCAGUGGUCUCCAGCAGGAGAAUCUGCAAGCUGUCAAGGAGUUGGAUGAGCCUUGGCACGGCAAUGUGCUGCUGUCCUGUGGUCCACACAAGUUGGAACCCAACCAGCAGCUGCAGGAAUUCAAUGCCGAUUUUGCUGGCGUAGGCAUAUUUUGCUUCAUUUUGCGGCAGACGCCGCGUAGGUUGGUCUUUGUAGAAGACGUUGCCUCCAGCUGGUGCGAAGCACACCACUUGGGAUACGGGCAGCCUUUGUCUUUUGAGGCCUUCAAUUUGUAUCAUGCGAAUUUCUGGGUCAUUGGACCUGCCACAGCUGGUCACGGAAGAGGUGGCUGCAGCUACGUCGAGUUGGUGGCCACCUCGGCUCAGAUGCAACGACCCUUGUGGUUUGUGUCCCACGCUUGGCUGGAGCCGGUGUGCAAGUUCGUGGCGUGCCUCAAGUGUCACGCUUCUUUGCGUCAGCUGCCCGAUCAAACGGCUUACUGGGUGUGCGCCUACGCCAACAACCAGCAUCAGCUGGAGAAUGAGAUUUGCAACAACCCCCGGAAGACGUCCUUCUAUCGCGCCAUCCAGUUGUGCGCUGGGGUCUUGCUAGUCUUGGACGAGAACGCCACACCCUUCACUCGGAUUUGGUGUUGCUUUGAAGAGUCCAUUGCAGUGGAAGAACGCAACAAGGGGACGCUUGGCGUUGACUUUGACUUGAACCCGUUGCUGCUGGAUGUGGCGGCCACAGAGAACGGACGUGCCCAUGUAAUCACCGACGGCCUGGCAGGCGCCGAGAAAGAGAUGAUGCCGUUGCUUGGGUUCUUGGCGAAGAGUCGACGAGAGGCGGAAUUCCCCACCGAAAUUCUGAUGAAGGGCUUGGAUGUCAACAUUGCCAGCGCUAUGGCAAGUGAACCCUCAGAUAGGACCAAAAUUCUAAACAGCAUACGACUACCUCGAGCAGGGACUGUUUUUCUUGAACAAGAAGCCCGAGACGCUCAUGAAAGUUAUGAUGCAGUGGGCCGUGCGCUGGCCGGGCACUUCGCCCUAGCCAAUUGGUUUUCUUCCAUAGCGAAAGGUCUGGACACCUCGAGGCUCUUGACAGCUCUGCAAAACGACGAGAAGCGACGUGUGGUGCAGCUCUCCUUGACGGGCAAGUUUGAUGACGCACAGCUCAGCACUUUUCUGGAACACUUGCCACCUCAACUGCAGGUCCUGCGCUUGGACCUGGGCUUCACAGCCGUGGAAUGCGUGCAGUUGGACAUGCCGUUGUCGGAACUGCAGGAGCUCUCCCUGCGCAUCAUCAAGACGCCUCUGCGCCAGGUGAAGCUGCAACGGAGUAUGAUGCCGAAGCUGCGAUCCUUGCAGCUUUGGUUGUCCAGUUUGCCCGAGCUUGAGGAGCUGCAACUGCUCUUGAGACACAACUGUGACGGGCUGAGAGAACUGGUUCUGCAUGUGCACAGAUGUCCCAAGUUGGCAAAGGCUGCCAAGCACCUUGGUCAAUUGCAAGGCAUCUACAACUCUGUCCACGGGUGGCCCUGGCGCCACACGGACAAAUGGAUCAGCAUCGAAGAGGCUGAAUCUGCCUGGUUUCAGAUGUUCGGAGGCAAGAAUCUUCCGGCGGAUGCCGUCCCCAGAGCAAGAGCAAGGUUUGAUGCUGCGAAGUUUCAGGAGAUGAGUCCAGAUCUGCCCUUUCCUUGCAGCGAAACAAACUGCAGCACCUUCCACCCCAAUCGUCAUGGCUUUUGCCACAAGCAUCGCUUCCAUCGCUUUGGAAGGAAACUAUCCUCUGCAGUAGUGAGAACCUUGGGCUGGUUGGAGUUGGUCCUUCUUCUCACCAUUCAAGCAGCGGCAGAGAUCCAAAGCAGAUUUUUGCUUUUGGUGAUUUUAGCGCCGUUGCUUCCAGUGACUUGCAUUUUUCUCGAGGAAAGCACUGGCAUGUCAGCAGCUUCUAUUUGCGUCACAUUCCUGGUCGUUUCCGUUGGCACUUGUUUGUACACCGCCAAGCGCUUGGAUGGCAUGCAACAGAGCAUCUUCAACAUGGCGCUUGCCACUGAAGCCAGCUACUUUCAAGUGCUGCAGCUUACAUCAGAAACCAGCAACAACCUGGUUCAGGUGUCAACCAUACUGAGGAGCCAUACAGACGGCUCAUCUCAAGAGCUGCUACAGACCCAGCAAGACUUGAAGAGCAAUUAUCAGCAAGCCAAACGUCACAUGAAUCUUUUUCAGACUGUUGUUUGUGAACCACUUGCGAGCACAGGACUAGAAGUUACUGCGAAGAUCAAAUCCCUUACAGAGCUGGACGAAAGGGAAGGAGCGGAUAUUUUGUUUUGCGAAGUCUGGUGUGACAGUCUGCAGGAAGUCCAAGAUGCGUGGGACAUGCUGAAAGACUUGGAUGGUGUGGAAAUCGUCUCAGCUCGCGACUUUUUCGCAGUUGCAUCUUACAAAAAAAACUGUAAAGUUGUGGUGUCUCUCCAGGGCUACUUGACCACAGUUGUUUUGAUGGAGAAAUCUCUGAGUUCUUGGGAGGCUCAGAAAGGCCUCUCUGAUGCAGCAGAUUCCUUGGGUCUUUUAGACAAGACCAAGGCAUCAGCUUGGGAAGUUUCUCGACUCCAACGUGAUUCCGAGGUCCCCAGAUGCAUGAUUGUGGGCACUGCCCUCCUACGACUAGUUGCACUUUCCUCGUGUUACAUCAUUGGCGCACAAUUUGGCGGCAAGAACAACUACAACACCUGGGACCAUUUUUUUGGUCUGUACGACGGUCUGCACCAUUGUACCUAUCUUUAUGACGAGGAUGGUUAUUCUUAUGCGUCUGAGUGUGGAAUGAAAUUGAAUCUGAGGAUGCUCGCCAUGACCUUGCCCUUCUUGACAUGUUUUCUGAUCGUGCUGUGGGAGAUGCUGAGCUGUUGCUGCUGUCUUUGCUGCCGGAAGCAUCGAAGGAGCUUCAAAAUUCGUCCAAGGCCAACCCAACUCUGGUAUCGAACAUAUUUGGGUGUGCAGGGAUGCUACUAUGCCUUCAAAGUUGCAGCCCUACAGUUCUUGACAGUGGUGAUGCAAGGGCUGGCCAAAGCCAGUCUAUUCCGGAACAUCCAGGAUACCCAUGGCUCUGAAUCCUUGCGGGCCAGCACCGCUGUUCACUGCUUCAUGGUGCUUCUUUUGUGUAACAUCCUCUUUCCAGCCAUGAUCCUUGUGAUACCGAACUAUGUCUUUAGCCGUGUCGGUGCAGCUUUGCUCGAUGCAGUUUUGGAUGUCGGCUACAUGGUGACCUCGAUCUGGCUAUACAUUGUCUUUGCCACAACAGAGUCUUUGACCGACAUUUUUUUGAGCAGUUUCUUAAAUUACAUGUCGAUCUACAUCUGCAUCGCACAUGUGUUGUGCGUGUGUCGAUCUUUAGAGACUGCAGAUUGGAUCGCGCUUUUCCAAGUUCCACGUGCCGCGCCCAAUUGCCAAGCGUGGAAGAGAAUGAUCUUCUCCUCUGCAUACGCUCUCGCUUUGUUGGCUUUCGUUGGCAUUCCGCUCGGGGGCCUCGUCCUUGGUGCCUUCUCAGACUCGAUUCAUGCUGAUGCUGGACUUUGUCCACCCUGCCAGUGCUCAACUGUUGCGCCAACAUCGCUUCUGCUCGAACGCUGCGUGAUUCCCACCGGCUAUGUUGCGCAGGGUGUCCCUGAUAUGCUUGAGUUCAACUUGACGAAUUUCAACAUCACAGAAGUUCUGCCAGAUGCAUUCAUUGCAAGGGGUGCCCACCAAGGAGUACGAUCUAUUUCGUUGCGUGGAAACCAUUUGACAGAGCUGCCAGAGGGACUUUUUCGUGAUCUUCUGCAACAGAAUGACAUUGACACUGUGGACCUGGCUGACAAUAGAAUCGUGACUCUUCCCCGAACUUUGUUUCACGCCGGUUCCUCCGGGGAAUCGACCGUCAUAGGUGAUUUGCAUUUGGAAGGAAAUUGUUUGACGACCCUUCCACCUGGAGUCUUUCAUGGUCUCACUAUUGGUCGCCAUGGCAUCCUGAACAUCUCGCACAACCAGUUGCAGGUGUUGCAUGCAGACGCCUUUCAAAAUCUCACAUUUGGUCAGAACGGCAUCCUGGACAUGUCGCAGAACAAGUUGCAGGUGUUGCCUUCCAAGAUCUUUGAGGGUCUUGAGCUGGAAAGACUUUAUCUACAAGACAACAAUCUUAUCCAACUACAUGCAGAAGCCUUUCAAGGUCACACCUUUGAGCGGUACUGUUCCAGAUGCAUCCUAAACAUCUCGCAGGACAGGUUGCAGGCAUUGCCCCCAAAGAUCUUUGACGGUCUGCAGCUCAACCAACUGUCCCUACAAAGCAAUGAUUUAUCUCAACUGCAUCCAGAGACCUUUCAUGGUCUCACUUUUAGAGAUUUUAGGUGGCGCUGUUCGAGUUGCAUCCUGGACAUCUCGCGCAACAAGUUGCAGGAUUUGCCGUGGAACGUCUUUGAUGGUCUUCAAGAUCUUCGCAGCCUGGACCUGGCGGAGAACGAGUUGGUGACGCUUCCGUCGGGUGCCUUUCACGGUCUUACGUCUCUUCGUAGCCUGAGGCUGGGAGGCAACCGGCUCCGGAGCCUUGGCGACAGACCCUUCCGCUGGUUGUACCGCUUGGAAGAGCUGAACCUGCAGCAGAACCAGCUGGCCAAUCUUGAUGCAGAUGUUUUUGGUGAUGACUUUUAUAGCUUGUUGGAUCUCAAGCUGGGUGGCAACCGGCUCACAACGUUACCCAACGGCCUCUUCAACGGUUUCAGGAAACUCCGAAAUCUGCAGCUGCAGAGCAAUCAGCUGGUGAGACUUCCACAACAGCUGUUUCAGACUUUGAGCUCUUUGAAGUUGCUGAACCUGAGUCAGAAUGCAUUGGAAGAAUUGCCUCCUGGUCUUUUUGAUAGAUUGAACUUGUCAGUGAUCGACUUGAGCCACAACAGUCUCAGAAAAUGGGAUUCCAAGCUGUUCGACCUGGAAAACCUCACCAGCUUGGACGUCUCGCACAACAAGUUGCAGGCAUUGCCGGCAUUGCCUCCAAAGGUCUUUCAGAGUGGCGUGGGCAAAUUGGAGAUCCUCGACCUCGCAGAGAACGAGUUGUCGACGCUUCCGGCAUCGUUUUUAUGCUGCAAUCUCUCGAUUCGCAGCCUGAAGUUGGAAGGCAACAGGCUCCAGAGACUUCACUCCGGAGACUUCCGGGGGUUGAGUUGUUUGGAAGAGUUGAACCUGCAGCAGAAUCAGCUGGCCAAUCUUGAUGCAGAUGUGUUUGAUGAUUACGACGAUCAUAAGCUCAAGCGGAGCUUGUUGAAGCUGAACCUGGGUGGCAACCGGAUCACCACGUUACCCCAUGGCCUCUUCAACGGUUUCAGGAAACUCCGAAAUCUGCAGCUGCAGAGCAAUCAGCUGGUGAGACUUCCACAACAGCUGUUUCAGACUCUCGGCGAAGUUCAUUGGACGUGCUAUCCUCAGGGGCUUGGUCGCAUCUAUUUUGAUGUGGCCGCAGUGCUUGCUCAGAUGUCUCGAUCUGAUUUCAAGAGGGUUUUCAAUGGUUUGCCUGCUGACCUUCGUAGUGUUGCUUUCGAAUGUCCUGAUGACGUCAUCACAGAUGUGAAAUCCAUUUCUGACAAGGAGACCAGGGACAUUGAGUGGGCAAGUGGGGAUUUGGGUGAGAGCGCUGGUUUGCCAUUGGCAUCUAGCCCUCCACGGGCAGCUGUUGCUCCCAUGGACUCUUUGAAAGCUUUGGCUUUGGGUUCCCCUGCAAAAGCCCCUGGGGAUGCCAACCCCGAUUUCUCUUCCUGGGUCAAGAGGCGUGUUGAUACUGACACUGCCAACUUGACCAUGGCCAAUUUUGAGUUGGAUUGCGAGAGCCAUCGUGUGGCAGGUCGCAAGACCACUGCCUCCAAAGCUCUUGCUGCCCUGUCCCCGCUUGAGGACAACUCUUCUCUCAACAAGCUCUGUGAUGCCUUGAAUGUGAGCCCUGAUGAGAGUAUGGCUACGUUGCUGGCCCGCCUGCGCGCUUUGGAUAUCGUGUUGUCCGGCGCAGCUGUUCCCAAGGGCCUCAGCCACCGUUUUGAGCAUUCCAAUGCAUCCGCCCUUGCAGCCUGGAAUUUGAGUCCGGGAGCUUGGGCAUAUGUGGCCCGUUGCAUCGACCAAUGUGAAGAAGGCGCAAACCAUGUCAGCAUCGGUGGUUGGCUAGGCCGCGAGCAGCACGGGGCUCCUCAGGGAGAUGCUCUGAGCUCCGCGCUGUUGCGCCUAUGGAAGUGGCAUCGUGAGGUCCACGAUGUGCCCAGGGCUGCUGAAAGUGUUGGAACCAUGUCUCUCGAGGAGGCAGAUGCUGGCAUUUUUACUGGUUUGCAGGAGUUGACGAAGAAGUUUUGCUUGGGGAAGAUGGUGUCUGAACAGAUCGGCCGUUUGGUGUCGAAGAGGCACGACGCCGGCGAAGCAGCGAUGAAGGAGAGGUUCGGUUUCAGCGACGCGGCUCGCCAUCAGCUCCGCAAUGUGGUGGAGGAGCGUGGCCUGGAUCGGAAGAUGGCAGCUACUUGGCAUGCUGAUGCAGUGGGUCUGACGACGGUGGAGGGGAGUUUGGUGUUUGUGGGUGGGGUGGAUGCUCGGGAGCGUGGAUCUGCCGCUUAUUGUGCUCAGGAUCAUAUUGUGGCUGGCGUAGAAGAUCCCUCGGCGUGGUUCUGCAAGAUGGCCGAGACCUUGGUUCGCGGCGUCAUGGAAGAUGUCCAGGUGAGGGGCACAGCGGCGGCAACGGGGUCUGUGCAAAUUGCCAGCAUCACAUGUCGGGCUCUGGUGGAGAAGCCGGAUUUCGGGCCUGGGCAGUCAUUGCAGGGGCCAUCCCCGAAGCAUGAGUUCCGGACGGGCGUCGGGACGAUUCCCCUGUCCCAAGGGUAUCGCGUUCGGGCGGAUGCCUAUGGAACUCUGGAAGAGCUUCGUGCAGCGCAUGCUGCGUUGGCAGCUGUGGCGAUGGUGCGGGAGCUCCAGAGCCAGGAGCUCGAUGUUGAGGCUCAGGCGGGUGGGCGGGCCAUUGCAACGCAGUUCGUUGGCCGGAAGGGGACUCGUGCUGCAGCAGAGCGGCUUUCCCAGGCCAGUGCAUUCAGUGAGAGGUUCAAUGCCAAGGUCCACCUGUCGGAGGUCUCAUGGGUGGCAUCGGAGGACAAGAAGUUGAAUGCUGCACUUCAGUGUUGGAGGGUUAUUGUUUUGGAUAGCACCUCAUUUACUGACCUGGGUAAGAUUUUGAUGCAUUCUAUCGAGCUGGGUAAGAGUGAAGAUUAUGUAUGGCAAGUGGUGAGAGACGCAUUUGCAAACAAGUCUACAGCUACACUCAAAUCUCGAUCAGCGUCGCUCUUGGCUUUUGGGCGCUGGAAGAAGACUGCACUGGAUGAACCUUCAUCUGGAAUUUUCCCAGUUACAAAAGCGAUGGCUUACGACUAUUUGCAUGACCUCCGUCGAAUGAAUGCUGCCCCUUCAAAAGGGAAAAGGUUUUUGGAAGCUCUUGGUUUUUCGACGGGUUUACUUGGAGCUGACGUUGACAGUAUUCUCAACUCUGCCAGGGUCAGAGGAGCUGCAGUGGAUGGCAGAUGGAACGCUGUCAAAAAGAAGUCUCCUCUGACAGUGGAGCAGGUUUUGGUGCUGGAGCGCUUGGCAAUGUUUGGGCAUGGACAGCAAGCGAUUUUUUCAGGGUAUAUUUGUUUCCUUGUCCACUGUAGGUUGAGGUGGUCAGAUGGACAGCAUUGCAUUAAGGAACCUGUGAUCGACCUGGAUUCAGGGAAGGGUUUCAUCGAAGCUGCUCUAUACCAUCACAAGACUGCCUUUAAACGAAGGACGAAUGUGAUGCGCCUUCUCCCAGUGGCAGGGGUCAUCCCAGGCAUUUCAGGGUAUGAUUGGGCCUCAUGCUGGUUACAGAAACGUGCAGACUUGGGGCUUCGUGCAUCAAUGAGUCAGCCAACGAUGCCUGCACCUUUGGCCAACGGUGGGUGGUCAAGUCACCCGCUAUCAUCUUCAGAGGCUAGCUUGUGGCUCAGAGAGAUUCUUCAACCAUGGACGUCAGGGCCUGUGAGAGACAUUGCAACGCAUUCUGCAAAGGCAACUAUUUUGUCAUGGAUGUCAAAAGCAAACAUUGAAAUUUCCCUGAGAAGGUUGGCAGGUUACCAUGUUCAGCCAGGUGACAAAAGUGCCUUAGAGUAUUCGAGAGAUGCUGCUGCUCCUGUGCUUCGUCAGAUUGAAGCUCUCUUCAUUGCGAUCAGGGUAGAUGCAUUUCGGCCAGACGUGUCCAGAGCCAAGAGGUGGCGUGGUGCUCAGACCCUAGAAGAAGCAGUGAAACUUGCAGCAGAUGAGAAUUCUUUGUUUGGUGCAGUUUCUUCACAUGUCGUGCCCUUCAAGUCUUCUUUGAUGAGCCUUGAGUCCAGCCUGAAAAAGGGUGUCGAUGAGCCAGUUCAUGGAGAGCCGAACACAGAGGAGCUGACUGGCUUCGAAGAUGACACGACCUUAGAAACUUUGAAACGGCUGGCUUUGAGAAAACAGUUGCAGUCAAGUCUCAGUUCUUUUAAAGCUGAUUCAGAUGUGAGCGAUAUGAGUGAUGGAGAACAUUCAAAUUUGUCAUCUGUCGACAGUGACAGUGCCUCAGAUGAAGUAGAUCGCAAAAUUGAGCUGGACGGGGAGCUGAACGCAAAGGAUUUGGUAGCCCCCUCAGAUUUGUCCGGCAAACAGUGCUUCAAACAUCUGAAAUCAGGCAAGUUGCAUUUUGUUGGAAAGACACUUUAUGGAGUUCAGUACUUCAAGUGUGGCAGAAAGUGCAAUGAGAACUAUGAGAGUUUGUCGCAUGACUUCGACGACAAGGUUGCAAUCCCAAUACUGGGUAGUGCUGACAGUGGUGAUGCGGCAUUACUGAGAAGGCUCCUUUUCGAGAGCUAUACUUUGACUGCAACUGAGUUGAAGCGCAAGGCUGACAACACAGAGAGCGACGGGCCAAAGAAAUUGCCGGUCCAAGAGAUUGCAACCCGCUUUGCAACCUUAGAGAAGAAACUACAGCCCCUGAAGAUUGAGAGCGUGCUUGAACCGAGUCAUGCACUUAUCAACAGCAUGGCUCAGUGCACGGAAGAUGGGCGCUUGAGGUACAUUGAGUGGUCGAAAUGCACCAGUCGGACAGCAGAAUUGAACAACAUCAAGGAGGAUGGAAACAUGAAAGUUUGGAAAGCAGAUGCCUCAGGGAACAUCAAGCAGACCGAAGCGGAUGUAGCAAUGAAGUGCGACAUCUCAACAGAACUUGAUGUCUUCAAUGCCCUCAAGCGUAGGGGAGCAGCAUAUGAGCUGGCACACCUCAUGAGCUACGAGAAGCACGAAUCCUUGAUCAACCUUCUUUUCGCAGAGUUGCAGAGAGAUCCUCCAGACGGCUUCAAAAAGCCGACUAUGAGUCAGUUGGCCUCAGCUGACAGAGAAGUACAUGUCAAGCUGGCAGAGAAAACCAGGGCGGGGCUCCCUUUGGGCCCUGGGGGCGAGUUGCCUUUGGACCAGCACUUGGAUGCAGUGCUGGCAUUGCCUUCAGUCAUGUGGCUCCUCAUGCCUAAACCGAAGACAGCGGCUUCAGAGAAGAGCAAUUCCACGGCUCCUACAAACAACAAGCCAACUAAGAGGCCUUGGGAUUCUCCUGACAAGACAGGCAAAGGCAAAGGUGGACGGUUUGACAAGUUGAAGAGCAAAAAAUUGGCCAAGACUCCUAUGCCAGUUCAACUCAGAGGUGGCACCCCUGUCGACGCAGAGUCAUUGAUCUGUGGUGCAGGCCGAAGGGUUGUACAGGUCGAGAAGUCGACGCCAAUGUCAGGGACCGCAGUGGCCUCUGAAAAUUUUCCUAAAGAGGAUGUGAUCCAGGAAAAACCUGUAUCCCUUCAAGCACCAGUCGAAGGACGGGUGACAAGCUUUUAUAGUCAGCCUGAAGCGGCUGACGCAUGCCCUCGGGAGAGUCCCGUUGCUGCAUCAGAGAACGAAGGUUCUACUGGUGGCCAAAUUGGCGGAAAGCCGCCUCCCUUUUUGCUUGAGCUUUUUUGUGGCACAGCAGGAGUUUGCGCACAGUUCAGAACUUUAGGUGGCAGAGCACUUGGCAUAGAUCACCAUUUGAAGAGGUCGAAGCUGAAAGCAGCAACGGUCAAAUUGGACCUGACACAAAGGUGGGAACGUGAGAUCAAGUUGAAAAGAGUUGCAGCAGUACACCUGGGUCCACCAUGUGGGACAGCAUCGAGGGCAAGAAACAUCCCAAUAAAGAGAAAACUUAGAGCCAAGGGUGCACCGAACCCUCAACCAUUGCGAAGCAGUGAGCACCCUCUUGGUUUUCCAUGGUUGAAAGGCCUGAACAAAGUGAAGGUUCAGGCGGCAAAUGCACUGUACGAACUUUCUUCCCGACUUGCUUGGCUGUGUGAUGAGAACGAUGUUUUAUUUACGAUUGAAAAUCCUCUGAACUCUUUGAUGUGGGAGACUCCAUUUUUUCGUCCUUUGGUGGAGAAGUUUCAACUGCAUGUUGUGGAUGCCUGCGAGUAUGGCUCUCAGCAUAAGAAAGCAACUGCGUUUCUUGCAAAUUUCAAGGCUUCAAGGUUGUUACAAAGGUGUAGGGGCGAUCAUGAGCAUAGCGCUUGGAAAAUCAAGAAGCUUGACAAUGGAGAUUGGUCCUUUGAUACUGCAAAGGAGGCUGAAAACCCGUUGAAACUAGCCAGAGAGCUGGCAGCAGCUUUCAUUGACGAGUUGCAGUCACGAGGCGAUGUCCAAUUACAAGAAUCUUUGGAUGACCAUGCAGUUAAAAUUUCAGCAGAAGCACAGCCGAGGAGGACACGAGGACCUCUUCUUCUUUCUGAGUUCAAAACCAAGGUUUGCGUUUCUUGCCAGCAGGGAGAAGAACCGCCCAGCGUCAUUCCCGACGAUGCAAAGCCCCCUUGGCAGGGCAUUCCAGUGGGCUCAAAGAGACUGGAUGUGCAGCCGGUUUUUGAUGAUAAAAGGGGGGAUCAGGGCCGUCUGCUGGUGACAUAUGGGGUUGUUUUUUCCCCGUCUGAGUUUAUACAGAGAGUGCAAGGGAUCAGGCACCCUUUUGACAUCCCCUUGCCUUUGAACGAGGCCAACAUGUCUGCCAUUUCUUUUCUUUUGGAAAACGGACCAGCGAAAGUGGCUGAGCACAGAGCAGCAAAGCUCAGGCAUUACCUGAAACGCGCAAAAGAAUUACAACUGGAAGAAAUGGAGUUGCACCAAAGGAUGGAUGAAUCUAUCCGACCCGUCAUGAAGUCCAAAAGACUUCUCCUUUUCCGGGAGAUGCUUCAAGAUGCAGGAAUCAAAGAUGAGGGCUUGUUUGGAGAGCUUUGCAAUGGUUUCCGUUUGGUGGGGGAUCUGGCCCCGUCAGGCCAAUUUCAACAACAAUUCAAACCCGCUGCCUUAGGAGUUGAACAGUUGAGACAGACCGCUUCAUGGGCUCAAAAGGCAGUUGUGGCCUCUUGCAGGAAGGUUUUACUAGACCGCGAGAUUGCUGAAGCAGUUUGGAAUGAAACAAUGGAUCAAGCCAGUUUUGAAAAGCAGUGGGUGAAGGGCCCUUUUUCAGCUGCAGAGAUCUCCAAAAGAAAUGGGGACGAAUGGAUCCCAUCGCGUCGCUUUGGAGUUAGGCAAGGCGGCAAAAUUCGUCCUGUGGAUGACUUUUCGCAGUUCUUGGUCAAUGCAACGGUGACAUGUCAUGAAAAGAUCGACCUGGAGGGUAUUGACAGCAUUUGUGCGACUGCAAGGUUUUUCCUAGGUGCCUCUGCGUCUGGUUGUGAAUGGCAGCUUCCUCAUGAAGGUGGUACAUUUAGUGGCCGCAUGUCGAACUUUUGGAAAGGGUGUGAAGCCCGAGAUCUCUAUGGAAGGUGCCUGGAUUUGCGCCAGGCAUACAAGCAGCUUGUGAGACACCCAAAGGAUUCAUGGGCUUCAAUUCUUGCUGUAGCUUGCCCCCAUGACUCCCAGGUCUACUACUUCGAAGCGAUAGCAUUGCCGUUUGGAUCUGUGAGCUCGGUGUUGGCGUUCAAUCGUGCAGCCCGUGCAAUACGGGUGAUCCUCUCAAAGAUUUUCAAACUGGUUGUCACAAAUUUCUUUGACGAUUUCUGUCAACUUGAAGUUGGCCUUUUGAGGCAGUCAGCAUGGGUGACAGCCGAGACAGCCUUGGAACUUUUGGGUUGGAGCAUAUCAAUGGGCGAAGACAAACGAAAGGGCGCAGUUGUGACCCUGCCUGAUGCUAGCGACAACGCCAUCAAGGUGUCAAACAAAGAAUCGCGAUUGAAGCAAAUACAGGAACAAGUGGAAGAACUGACCGGCCUUUUGGGUUCGUCGGCACCUCGUUCGCGACUUGAGUCUUUGAAGGGAAGAUUGUUGUACGCAGCUGGCCACACGUAUGGGAAGUGCACUCAACUUGCUUGCCAACUUCUGCAUAAGUUCGGCGGCAACGGUCCAAGCGUUACAGUGACAGCAGAAUUGGUGCAUUCAGUGGCCGAAGCUUUGGACAGUUUGAUGAGUGCGAAGCCGCGUCUAAUCAGUGCUUGGAGUGACUGCCCUCCUUUGUUGCUUUUCACUGACGGAGCAGUUGAAGAUGGAGACCAGGGGGUAACCCAUGGAGCUAUUUUGAUUGACCCAUGGAAACAAUGCAGUUUCUACUUUGGAGACGUGGUGCCAGCAGAAUUUCUUGCGUUGUGGAGACGUCAUGGAGGGAAACAAGUUAUAUGCCAGGCUGAGAUCCUUCCAGUCCUGACCUCGAAAGAAACAUGGUGCAGUCAUAUUGAGGGACGAAGCACACUUUGGUUUAUCGACAACGAGGCAGCAAGAAUGGCUUUGGUCAGGAAUUUUUCAGCGGUACUUGAUAACUUUUUCCUCCUGCAAUUGAAUGCCCGAUUGGAUCUCAGGUAUCAGGCUCGACACUGGUAUGGGAGGGUGCCGUCGAAGAGCAAUCCGGCAGACAAUGCCUCCCGUUUAGAGUUUGGAAGUUACAGCAAUUCAACGCGGAGUAAACCACUUUACCAGUUUGCACUUGAGUCUGUCAAGAGCUUUUGGCAGCUUAUGGAAAGAGUUGAAAUGGGGAGGAAAGGAAGCCACCAAAAACUCUGA